AUGGCAGCUAUCAAUCAACUUCCCGCAGGCGCGGAAGGCAUAGCCGCGUUCGCUUUGAUUUACUCAUCUAUAAGCUGGAUAUGUAGUGCGUUGCUUAUAUGGUGCGCAAGAUUGCACCAAGAGGCCUGGUCAUACAUUUCUCUCCUCGCGUACUUCGCGCUAAUCAGCAACACUGGCUCGAUCGUUCAGCAAAGCCAUGACAUUACGUACUAUCGAGACAUUGUGACAGAACAAUUUCAUCGGAAGACUACUUUCCUCCAGAAUCCAGAACUUGCGAUCGCCAACGGUUCUUAUGGGUUAGAUCUUGCCCUAUAUUACAUACAAUAUUAUUGCUACAGCGUUGAAGCGAUGCUAGUAAUGUUUUGGGCCUUUGAACUUGCCCAGUCCGUGUAUGGGCUGAGUGCGAAGCAACACUUGAAGAUGGCGUUGAGGAAGGUCAACUCUGCAGGAAAAGUGAUUGCUGUGUUCUUCCCAAUGUUGACCAUCCUUCUACUUCGUGCUCCUGCUGUUCAAAGAGUCUUUGUUGUUUUCAUUUUACUCGCAGAUCUUCCCUUGAUGAUCAGCUUGGCCAUCAGUAGUACGACGAUGGUUGCGAUACUCGUACGAUAUGUCCAGUCCCGAAAGCAGUUCUCCAAUUGGACACCACAAGGAAAUGGAACUACCGUUACCAACGAGACGUCUACCGACACUAUUCAGACCACUGAGACAGGGCACUCUGGAAAUGCGAAGAAGUCAUCAAGGAAACAAGGCCUUUACGAUCGCUGGCUGAUGGUCCGCUUCACCGUGGCAUUCGUAGUCUUGGCGUUGUUUGAAGUGACCAAUACACUUUUCCAAUUGCAGUCGGUGAAUAAUAACAACAAGGAUGCGACAUUAAUCGAACCCGACUUUAGUCUGGAGAGAGCAAAAUCGACGUUCUUCCUCUUCCUCCCCGGUGUGACUCCUGGUAUAUUCCUCUUCCUUGUGUUCGGUACAACUGCCGGUUGUCGAGCGGCGUUGUUAGGAAUCUUCAAGUUCAAAUCGCGGAAAGAAAACAAGGUUGGAAGCGGACGCAAUCUAUGGAAGCACUGGCGCAAACAAGCCCGAGAGGACCCCGAACAAUACUAUCAACCAAGCCCGGAUCAGAGCGACGACUCGGGGCCGAUAUUACCAAUUAUGAGUCCCCAGGAACGAAGGAUAUCUAAAGCAGCGACAGGGACGGUUUUGACAGGCCACAACAAGCCUGGUACACCGAGUACGGGACAGUAA